CAUCUGUGAGAAGAGGGCCGAUCUAUUCAUGCUUUAAAUACUUUUUUAAAAAGUUCUAUUCGUACUACGCGAUGCGUCAGCAGUGCGCUGGUAGACAUCUUAUUUUAUUUCAAACUGGUAUCGGAUCGGUCGAUGCUCAAAGCCUACGUAUCGGGACAGAAAAAGGAGAAUCAGUGCACCCCUAAUUUUAAUGGCUGUUCUCUGUGUGGCAUUGAAGCAUCUAUUGAUGUCCAGUGAAAAGGUGAAAGGUGAAGGCACACAGUGCAUUUUCAUCUGUAACAUGAUGUGAUAUAAUGAGAAACCCUUCAGCUGACUGGUUUAAUGUUGAUCACUGUUCUUUGUUCUGUGCGUGUGCAGGGGUAGAUGGAGGCAUCCGCACGGUGGAGAUCACACGGGGCGCCAGUGACUCCCUCGGGGUGAGUAUAGCGGGAGGGAAGGGCAGCCCGCUGGGUGACAUCCCCAUCUUCAUCGCCAUGAUUCAGGCCAACGGAGUCGCUGCCAAGACGCACAGACUCAAGGUGGCCGACAGGAUCGUCAGUAUUAACGGUCAGUCUGUGGACGGCCUGUCGCACAGCGAGGUCGUCACCAUGCUGAAGAACAGCUACGGGAACAUCAGCCUGAAGGUGGUGGCGGACACCAACAUCAGCGCUAUCGCCACUCAGGUAGAGAGUUUGUCCAGCAGCUCCAGUCUGUCAGCCAGCACGGACGCGCACACAGCAGAGCCAGAAGGUCCGCGACCCCGCAGCAUCAGUCUGGAGAAAGGCUCUGAGGGACUCGGCUUCAGCAUCGUCGGAGGAUUCGGCAGCCCACAUGGAGACUUGCCCAUCUACGUCAAGACUGUCUUCAGCAAGGGCGCGGCGGCAGUGGAUGGGCGUCUGAAGCGAGGCGACCAGAUCCUGUCUGUGAACGGAGAGAGUCUGCAGGGAGCAACGCACGAGCAGGCGGUCGCCAUCCUCAAGAAACAGAGAGGAACCGUCACACUGAACAUCCUGUCAUAACACACAGAAACACACACACCUGCAUGCACACAGACACACACACACAGAAACACCUGUGACAGGUGGAGAUCAAUCACACACAUUUUGACUCUUGGACUACGUAUCAUCAUGAAUCGUGAACUCUGAACUUCCCAACAUGCAAAAAAAGAAACACACUUCCUGUUUGGGCUGGCGCCACUACACACUGAUGUCAGCACGGACAGAUGCGUCUCACAACAAGAGUUUCUCAACCUUGGGUUCUGGUACACAGAUGGGGUCAUAAGAAACGUCUGAUGUACUGAGCCGGGUACUUAGCGGGUCAGCUCAUUGUCAUAUCUCAACAACUACUGGAACAUCUUUGCAUGAAAUUUGCUGUUCAUAUAAUUCUGCCCCCCAGAUCAUUGUUUUUUUUAAAGAUUCUUGCAAAAUACUGUGACUUUUCUUCAUCAGGACAAAUGAUCCACUCAGACAACAGUGAUGGAUUGUGAUGGAAAUCCGAUCCAGGCAUUUGUUAAGUGUUUUUAUAAAGCUUUAGAAUUGAGUAAAGUAGAAUUCAAGUUGAAACAACUGUCUCUUUUCUAGUUGACCAUGUUCACAAUCGUAGUUUAACGUGUUAGCGUGGUAAUAUUUGCAAAUGGAGACUAAACAAAACUAAGGACAAUGUAAUUUGUUUUGCAAGUAUUUGGUCAUAAAGCAAACAGAGUAUUAGACAAAUUACCUGGAAAAAAAGGUUGAACAAUGUAUGAUAAAUCUAUUAAUGACAUAAAGAAGUAUAAGCAGAUGAAUAAAGCCCAAGUCCCUCCCUUCAACCCCUAUGGGAUCUUAUUUCGGGGGAAAAAAACUGUAAAGUAACAUUUAGUUUAGUGUGAAACUGCUCAAUGAACUCCGUCUUUCUAUCUCGCACAAUAUCCAACGUGUUAGCGCAGUAAUGCUAAGCUAACAUUCAUCACUUGCUUGCUGCUAGCUAGGUAGCUUAGCUAUGUUCCACACACAGAUGUAUCUCACCUGAUGUGUUUGAUCCAACGACUCCUGGUCCUUACAUCACAUCAUCUGCACAUGGAAGCUGUUUAACGUUAGCUUCGAUAACGUUAGCUUCAGUGUUAGCUUCAGUCAAUAAGAGAAACGCAACUUUUGGGUUUAUUGUCUUUGUAAUAAUGCAGUUUAGCAUUCUUAUACUUUGACGGUUUUACAAGAAAAUGUAACUUUCUCGGAUCAAAACAUUUGUCUAUUAAGUAUUAUUAAGGUCCCACGGAGGUGCACAGGAACUGGAGGGACUUCCAUCACGUGGUUCCGUCUUCUCAAAUGUGUAUAUUUGUUGGUUUUCUCAAUCUUCUGUGACUGUACAAUGAAUAUUUUGGGCUUUUGGACUGUCUUGGCAUUUUCUGGACCAAACUAUUAAUCGAUCAUUUGAGAAAAUAAUUGGUUGAUUGUUCGACAAUGAAAAUAAUAAUUAUUUGCCGCCCCUAAAAUGUGUUUCAUUAAAUUAACCUGAACUAAAUUUCACAGCAAUCCAUCAAAUAGUUGUUGAGAUAUUUUAGUCUGAACCACAGUUGUGUAGAUGAAAACACCACCAAAGUUUGUAGGAUUCAUCCUCUGGGCACCACAAAUGUCGAUUGUCAACAUAUUUCAGUCUGCUAGUGUCCCAAAAGAGAGAAAUCUGACUCUAAAACAUGGUGUUCAAGCCAGAAAAGGUUGAGAAACUCUUUUUAGAUCCCUUAUCAGUUCAGAAUAUAAUCUAAAACAAAUAAGAAUCAAUAUGGAGGCAGAAUGGAGUGACAUUUAAAUCCAGCCUGCACUAGUUCAUUCAGCUCUACAGACUGACAACAGGGAGGUUUGUUUUCAUGGAUGGAAAAAAAAAUGUUUAUAAUCAAGAGGAACAAAAGGGAAAUGUUGGUAGAAAAGAUGUGACUGACACUGCUGCACACGUUUGCUUAGCAUCUCCUCUGUUAGCCAGUGAGUAGCAGUUUUUAUGAAUGUGGAAACCACCAGAGAGGAGAAGUGUGUGUUAACAUGCCAUGCUAAGUAGCUAGCCAUCAAAAAAGGUACUUUUCAUUCAUCAAACUGGCAGGAAAUGAUCAUUUCCAAACAUGAAAAUUACAACAAUAAGGUUUAAAGAAAUUAUGUUGUAUGUCAUGGGCACACAAAUGGAAAAUUAAACUUCAAUUUAAUUAAA